ACCAAUUGUUGUAUUGAACUUUUUUUUUCCCCCUCUUCGUAGAUCCUCGAUUGAGUUCUUCCCCUGGCCGUGCCACGAACAACAGAUCGUAGAAAGAAGAAGAAGCACUAAAAAAAACCCGGUUCGAUUUGAUUUCAGGUUCGGCAAUGGUGGGAGCGUCAAGCUCAUGGUCUCGAGCGAUGCUUCAGAUCUCACCUUACACCUUCUCUGCUCUCGGUAUCGCCAUCGCUAUCGGCGUCUCUGUUCUCGGCGCUGCUUGGGGGAUUUUCAUCACUGGGAGUAGUUUGAUCGGUGCGGCAAUCAAAGCUCCACGAAUCACUUCGAAGAAUCUCAUUAGUGUGAUCUUCUGUGAAGCUGUUGCUAUAUACGGUGUUAUUGUGGCAAUUAUUCUACAAACAAAGUUGGAGAGUGUUCCCCCAUCACAAAGAUAUGAACCUGAAUCUCUUAGAGCUGGUUAUGCUAUCUUUGCCUCAGGGAUUAUUGUGGGUUUCGCAAACCUCGUCUGCGGGCUGUGUGUGGGAAUUAUCGGAAGCAGCUGUGCAUUAUCUGAUGCCCAGAACUCAUCACUUUUUGUGAAGAUUCUUGUGAUUGAAAUCUUUGGUAGUGCCCUCGGGUUGUUUGGAGUAAUAGUCGGAAUAAUCAUGUCGGCUCAAGCAACAAGAAAGGGCAGACUGCAUUACCCUUUUCUCUCUCUUCCUUUUGGCAGUUUGAAAACACAUGGGCAUGUCCCUCCGCCCAUGCUCCCAUCAUUUUCCUUUUUCAUAUAUAUAUUUAUUUCACCAAUCAAUACCACUUUUUUUUUUAAUUUCUUAAUUUAUUUUAAUAACAUGAGUGGUCUCCCUUUUCCACCAUCUCCCUCUUUUUCUACACAAUAUUUUUGUACCACCGCCCACUCCAUGAUAAAUACCAUUUUAAGGAAUUUGACAGGAGAUGUUAAUGCAAGGGAACAAUUUCUGGACUUUUUAAGUUUUAAAAAGUCUAAACAGACAUUCAUUGAUUACAAAAUCAAACAUAAUCUUCUCUCAUAUGAGGUAGAUUUCACUUUUUUAUGGGAUGUCAAUGCAGUUGAACAACUUCCAGACUAUAUGAAGAUAUGCUUCCUUGGUUUAUUCAAUACCAUUAAUGAAAUGGCUUAUGUCACUCUUAAGGAACAUGGUGUCCAUAUCCUCCGAUACCUUAAAAAUAAGUUCUCAUGA